AUGGAAGCAGAUCAAGGCCCGGCCAACAAUCGACCGGGUAGUGGAAAACCUUACAGCGGCGACGACCCAGGCGGUCGACCGGUUCACACCCCACACACGGCCCACACCAUACUCCAAGCGAUGGUCCACGCCAGAUCUAAAAAUCCAACAAGUCGAAGACAACCAACCGCGCAGGAGGUGGCAGGCAAACUGCGCCGAGCUGGGAAGAGAGCACGCUCAUACCACGGCUGCCUUCGAAGCAAUGCAGCAGAAACGACGAGCGUGGACGAGGACCAUCGAAAAGCCAAGUCCUCGCACUGGAAGCAGUUCCUAGACGAAGCUGGUGAAGGGAAGCUCUGGAAAGCCGCGACAUACAUGAAGCCCCGAGAGACAUAG